GCCGAAUUAUUCCACAGUGGCCGGUGUGCUUUUCAAAUGCGAGAAACAGAUCGAUCCCGGUGCAAUAAGAUAACGGCUGCCUUCCUCGACGUCUCGAGGGUUAUUUUCUCAUAUUUAAACGACGCUGGCUACGUCGAAGAGAGAAACGUGAUAUGGAGUCCGCGAUCGGGCAUCUCGAGGAAAGUGUACAGAAAGCCGACGGGAAGCUGGACAUGAUUGCGUGGCAAAUAGACGCGUUUGAAAAAGCCUUCGAGGAUCCGGAAAACGAGAGGCCGGCUCGUUUCGCGACCGACAUGCGUUUCCUCGUGCUUAGUCUGACAUUAAUCAUAAGUCUGCUAGUCAUCCGAAAAGUUUCUGCUCACGGAAGACUGAUAGAGCCACCUUCGAGGGCCUCCAUGUGGAGGUACGGCUUCGACACACCUCACGAUUACAAUGACCACGAGUGCUAUUGCGGCGGGUUCACCAGACAGUGGCAACGGAACAAAGGGAAAUGCGGCAUCUGCGGCGAUCCCUGGGAUUCUCCAACGCCACGCGUUCACGAGACAGGUGGCAAGUAUGGAAACGGCGUGAUCGUUCGACGUUACCGGACCGGAUCCGUCAUACCGGUCCGCGUGGAGUUGACGGCGAACCAUCACGGCUACUUCGAGUUCCGCACCUGCGCCAUGACCUACCGUGACCGGGAGGUCACCCAAGAGUGCCUGGACCAGCACCUGCUGCGCGCCGAGAACGGAUCCAGCCGUUAUUACCCUGGGCCUGGCAAUCGGGUCUUCGAGGGCCAUUACAAAUUACCGGAAAGCUUGACCUGCGCCCAAUGUGUUUUCCAAUGGCGAUACGUCGCCGGGAAUAAUUGGGGCGAUUGUGGCAAUGGCACAGGAGCGGUAGGAUGCGGGCCUCAAGAAGAGUUUCGUGCCUGCGCCGAUAUCGUUAUCGGCGACAAUGAGGCGACGUUACCACCGAGACUACCGAAACAGCCAACCACCAGCCCUGCGUCCACGGACAGUUUGCCGACGGAAAGCCCAUUGCCGAAAUCCACCGGGCCAUACUGGCUAUUCAGCGUUGUCAUCGCUGGUACGUGCCUGUUGGUGGUGCUGGCCGUUAUGGCGUUGCUUUACACGUACUACUAUCACGCCGGCAGAGCCAAAAAGUGGCUGAUGGCGAGAAGACUCCUGAUGCAGGAGAGUCCGCCAGUUGCUCCGCCAAGGCAUAAAAGACAUCAUCACCUAUCGGACACACAGCUUCAGCUGUAGAAGUCUGUACUUAAUUGUCAUGUCGCACUUUGGAGAAAAGAUAGCUCGAAAGAAUUUUUCUAAUUUGAAUCGAUACGCAAUAUAUGAGUUGUGAAGUACAGCUCUAGA